AUGGAGACCCAUUCGGUCACCAGAGGCUCCAACAACAUUUCUACAUCCCCUUCGAUGUUCAAGAGCUUUCCUUCCCAAGCACAAGGAAUAGCAAUGGUCACCGCCUUUAUGGUUGAAAGUGGUCUAAUUGUCGGAGGAAACAUGCUGGCAAUAAUUCUCUUUUCAAAGGAGAAGAAGCUUCGCAAGAAAAGUUUGUUCUUAGUUAUGAACAUGGCCCUCGCUGAUGUGAUGUUAGGAGCUGUGUCUCUGCCUUUGUAUGUUUAUUUGAUUGUAGGACCCUACUAUCAGCUGUGGACUGCAAAGGCAAAUACCUCCAUGUCAUAUUUUUAUCAUUUUCUUGAUGUCACGUUUUCUCAGUCCUCGCUAAUUUCCGCAGUCGUUAUAUCCUGUGAAAGAUUUUAUGCCGUCUAUUGGCCACUCAGGCACCAAACAAUGUCAAUGCGGGCGUAUAGCAUUGUUAUUUUUAUGGUCUGGUUUCUGGCUAUCGUUGUUUCAAUUGUGUUUCUCUUUUCGUUCAACCUAGAGUCACUUAAAACAGCUGCCUUGUCUCGGAUGUCAUUCCCCUUGAGUUUUCUGUUCAUCGUUUGUACAUGUAACAUCAGUAUAUGGAGAAAAGUUCGAAAGAGAAAUAUCGCUUUACUACAGCAAAACCGAGCAGCAUCCCAAAACCAACGCUUGACAAAUGCCUUGCUGUUUGUAUCCGCCAUUUCUGUGCUUUCUUGGCUUCCUUUUGUCAUUGUUAACUAUCUGGUGUUUGUCCAGGGGCUCGAUAUCCCUCGACGAUUUUUGUUUGUACAUAUCAUAAAUAUUCUUAAUUUUUCCAACUCCAUUUUAAAUCCGUUUGUCUAUGCCUUAAGAAUCCCUGAGUUUAGGCAAGCACUGCGGGUUUCGUGUUGUUCACGAUGUCCGGACGUAAUAAAUAGGCCAGGAAUAGUAGAAAGGAAAAAUAUGGCUGGCGUUUUAACGCCAGUGUUACAGCGAGGAGCAAUCCAAUGCAAUUCCAGUCAAGUUCACCAGUUCUACCAAAAAGAGGUUAUGGACACUAAGUUGUGAAAAAAGGUCCUGUCUAACGCGUUACUGAUGAACUCUAAAUGCACCACUGGAGAAAAACUGAAAGACAGUAAACAAUGGAUUAUUAAGGGACGUGUUUCUAGGGGAAGAUUACCAAGUCCUUAAAAAACAUAUUUUUUUCUAAGGUGAUUGUUAUUUUGAAACCGUUUUUGAAUAUAGAUAUAAAAAUUAUAUAAACAAUAAAACUUUAUUGCGGGUUUUUGAAUCAUUACCCCGCGAUCAGUAUGUUAAUUUUUGAUGUUUGCUAUAUUUUCGUAACAUCUGAUCGAGUCCCUGGAAAUUGUCACUUCACUGCUACCAUAGCCUGCGAAAACAUCCGUUUCUCCUCAUUCUUCGCCGCUGGGGACGCUUCGCGCGGAGGAAAGUCUGCGACUCAGAGACAGAAAUCCCAUACUGAUGACGCAAAUCAAUGUUUAGAUAAUAAAUAAGGUAGUCAUAGGGUUUCAAAUGUAAAUUUGUCCAAUCUUACGUGUCUUGUGGUCGAUUUUGGAAAAGUGUACGUUGUGUUCAUCUGCCAACUAGCUCCAGCAGAACUCAAAUGCUUCUUCUAGAGAAGACUACAUUCCACAGAUAUUGACUGUUUUGUUAGAGAUUCUUCGCGUUUACAUUUGACCCUUGUCGCCUUUUGUCUUUUGUCUGUCGUUCGUAAACGAUAACUAAAACAAUCUAACUACUCCGUCGACCAAUCAGCACUUCUGACCGGAUUCCGGACAGAUUUUACGUCAUCAGUAUGGAAUUUCUGUCGCUGAGUCGCAGACGUUCCUCCACGCGAAACGUCACCAGCGGCGAAGAGCGGGGAGAAACGGAUGUUUUCGCAGGCUGCUGCUACCAAUGCGGUAUUGGUAAAUAUUUUGGCUGAGGUGAAGGAACGGCAAAUUACUGCGACGGCAUGCAAUUUAAAAAGAACGGCAAGGUUUUUUUAAAAAAGUGGGGUACGUACUACAAUGUGUGACAAUGUUAGCACAAAGUGCUACCAGGAAUUUACAAAGUGUGAAGGUACAGGGUCUGCAAAAUUAGUGAAACACCUGUACUAAAAUGCCUGAUAAAAUUCAGUUACCUUUGAGGGUAGCUCACCAAUCUGUUGUCUUGGGCAAUAACAGCACUAAGUGGUGAACAUUUAUUUUUUUCAAUAAUCCGUUUUUACUUAGCCAUGCGAUUUCGUUCAUAGAUAACAGGCAUUCAGAAUCAAUACUACUGCGGCUUAAAUUAGUUGUUAUAGGGUAAAAUUUGUAUUAGCUUUGACUUGAAUAAAUUGUAACUGAAAACUGAAAACGUUACUGAAAUUACAAAAGUUGAAACUACACGGCAAUUUUCGAAUAAGGCUUAAACACAAGCUAAUUCCAGAACAAUUUUAUCAUGAUCGUUCAAAAACCUGGCGGCAGAAGUCCAAUUAAAGAAAAGUCAUCAUGCAGAAUACUACCUUAAUUUUGUCGUUUAAUAUAUUCUGCCAUGAAUAUUUACCCUUAGAGCAGAAGCAUAAAAGCUUUGGUACAAAACGAUUGACUUUUAACAAACACCACGAAAGGUUAACAAGAAAUCAAAAGAAUUGCUCCUCUUAAUUUCGCAGCCGCAUAAUUCGAAUAGCGCGAGAAAACAGACAACAUUUCGCGACGCCACCAACGGUUUCCCCGCGAAAUGACGUCUGAGAAAUUCCAUACUGAUGUCGCGUCACUACCCGGAUCUGGGUGGUGCUUCUGAUUGGCUGAAGCAAAUUUCACAUGUGGCACGACCAAUCAGAAGCACUACCCAGAUCUAGGUAUUGAUGCGUCGUCAGUAUGAAAUUUCUGCGCUCGUUUCUCAGACGUCAUUUCGCGGGGAAACCAGUGGUGGCGUCGUGAAAUGUCGUCUGUUCAUCUCAGGCUAUAAUUCGAACAGCCUUGACAAGUUCAACGGGGUAUAACGUCGGCCGUUAUUAAAUAAUGUCAAAAAUAAGAUAUUUCUUCAUACUUUAGGGAGAAACCUGUAGGACAACAAAACAUUGUGUAAAUAAAUUAUAUGAUUUUUAUUCUAUAACAUGCUUCGAGCCGUUCUUUUUAGUGCCGAUACAUUACCGGUUUGCCGGAAUACGUAUACAAAAUACAAGGACCAAUCAAAAGCCAGGAAACUGGAUGCUGGAUAAAAGGUAUAAAAACUGAACGUUAAGUACUGUGAUUUGUCUUUCCAAAAGGUAAAGAGUAAAACUUAAGAAAACCUGAACUCCGACCAUUAAAAGCCGCAGUAAAGUAAAAACCCGUGUGUAAGAACCGUUUUUUGUGGCAAAAGAGGUUCUUGUGUUUUGGGUAGUUAUUUGGCAACUGGGGCUAAUUAAAUCAUUGGCCAUGAACGGCAAAUUUUGCCAAUUUUUGUGCAUAUGUUUUUGAAUUUUUUUCGUGCGGCUCUAGCCCGGAUAUGUCCUAAUCCUUCGCUUCACUUUGUCCGUAGCCAUACAAGAAAAGGUUUCCAUUAUUUUAGUCACGACGCUAAUUAACUAGUAAAAACAAGACAACUCGAAGCAAACACAAAGUGAGCCCCGGAAAAUCACGCUCAUGUUAUCAGUUUGGUGAGAAAAAAAAACAACAACAAUGAGAAACAAAAGCUGUCAAUUAAGAGCCACAGUGCUCAAAUAAAUCAGCUGUACAGAGACGCUUAAAAAAGUGUCGAUUUAUUUAUUUUAUUUAGACUUGUUUUCAUACCGCCUCGGGCAUUUUAUUGGAAAGAAUACAUCAAUGACUGUUUAUUGACAGUCAUAGCACUUUCCGACAGCUGAGGCCAUACCUAAACUAAACAUGCAGGUAUUUUUGUUGGAAUUAAUCAUUUUUUGCGACUAGUAAAGUUGACAUUGAGGAGCAGUUCUUAAUGUAUGCGGAGAAAUGAUCGAAAAAGAUAAUAUUUACCUGAAGUUUAAAAGCAUACGUGUCGAGGCACACAACCAAUUUCUUUUUUCAAACGUGUAACAGAUUCUUAAACGGAAGCAGAUGCGAAAUUAAAUGGAGACCCAUUCGGUCACCAGAAGCUCCAACAACAUUUCUACAUCCCCUUUGAUGUUGAAGAGCUUUCCUUCCCAAGCACAAGGAAUAGCAAUGGUCACCGUCUUCAUGUUUGCAAGUUAUCUAAUUGUCGGCAUGCUGGCAAUAAUUCUCUUUGCAAAGGAGAAGAAGCUUCGCAAGAAAAGUUUGUUCUUAGUUAUGAACAUGGCCCUCGCUGAUGUGAUGUUAGGAGCUGUGUCUCUGCCUUUGUAUGUUUAUUUCUUUGUAGGACCCUGCCAUCUGCUUUGGACUACAAAGGCAAAUACCUCCAUGUUAUAUUUUUAUCAUUUUCUUGAUGUCACGUUUUCACAGUCCUCGCUAAUUUGCGCAGGUUUUAUAUCCUGUGAAAGAUUUUAUGCCAUAUAUUGGCCACUUAAACACCAAACAAUGUCAAUGCGGGCGUAUAGCAUUGUUAUUUUUAUGGUCUGGUCUCUUGCUAUCUUUACCGGUUCCAUUGUAUUUUUCCUUUCUUACCACCAAAAGUCAUUUAAAACGGCUGCAUUGUCUUGGAUGUCAUUCCCCUUGAGUUUUCUGUUCAUCGUUUGUGCAUGUAACAUCAGUAUAUGGAGAAAGGUUCGAAAGAGAAAUAUCGCUUUACUGCAGCAAAAUCGAGCAGCAUCCCAAAACCAACGCUUGACAAAAACCUUACUAUUUGUGUCCGCCAUGUCUGUUCUCUCCUGGCUUCCUUUGGUCGUUGUCAAUUAUCUGACCGUUGUCCAGGAGGUCGGGGGCGUUAUCACUGACCUGAUCGUGGGUAUCAUAACCAUUAUCAAUCUUUCCAACUCCAUUUUAAAUCCAUUUGUCGUUGUAUUAAGAAUCCCUGAAUUUCGGCAAGCUCUGUCGCUGUGUUUUUCACGACGUCAGGCCGAAGUGAAUAGACCGCGUAUGGAAGGAAGAGAAAAUAUGGCUGCCGUUUUAACACCUGUGCAACACGAGAUAACAACAUUACAACCCGAUUCCAGUCAAGUACAACAGACCUUCGAACAAGAGACGAUAGACACUAAGUUAUGA